UAAAGGGCUGAACCGGCCAGUGCAAUCCACGACGAGUUCGACGUCGAAUCCACGCGUCUCCCGUGUCUUAUGCUACGUGAUUUUUUCACGCGUUGCUCGCGUUUUGCCGCGCGGUAAAACGAUAUUGUUCCGUUCGUUCGUUUGACCUUUUAUUUCGUUCCGUUCCGUUCGUUCGUUCUCCGUUCGUCAAUACAAGAGGCACAUACGUGUCACGAUUCGCCUCGAGCUCGUUCCAUUAGAGACGCUUUGUUCGCGCCUACGGUUCGUCUCCUCGUAUUUUCCUUCCACAUCGUUCCGAACAGCCUCGUUACGCGUCAUGCAUCGUCGCGUCGAGCGCGUUUAUUCUCCCUUAGGUUAAUUAGCGUGCGGCCCAGUUUAAUGAUCUUUCGAACGUCAUUAAACUCCCGCUCGGCCAGGGUGCACUCGAGCCGUGAACUUCGACAGGGAAACGCCGCGUCAAGUAGCUGGAAAAUGAUACGUUUGGGACAACGACGUAACUUCGAGGAUCGUUAAGCGAGUCGACAACUUAUCGGCGGGAUGUCAACAUCGUGCCUGUCUCCUGUCCAACUUGACGAUCUUGUAAUCUAUCGAAGCUACAGAAUGUCGCGGCGACACGAGGGUGAGCAGUAUCAGGAACGAGCCGACCCUUAAGGAAGCGAGUCAUCCGUAAUCCCUGAAGCAGUGCAGCUUGGUCUCGGCCUUGUACGGAUACCAACCGCGGGACAGGGCAAAUUCCUCAAAGGAGCGGGUUAACCACGACGAUCUUCCACGAAGACAGGCCACGCGCUACUAUCGCUUGAGAGUGGCAUGCGCGUGUGUGUUUACGCAGGUAGACGUUCUUGGGUUCGAGGAAGUUGUGGAAGAGAAGGAUCGGCUUCUCUGCCUAGAGGCAGACACGGAGAGAGCGUUAACUUGGUUGGCUAAAGACACAGUCGUCUGGUAGCCGCAGCUUGCCGCAGCUUGCCGCAGUAUUCCACAAACUUGCACAAUAUCCACAAACCCGGGAGCCCGCGAAAUUCUUUAGUAAAUCUUCUGGCAUUUGCCUUCCGAGACGAACGCAACGCGUGUGUAAAACGCGCUGAAGAGCGACGACGGUUUGCCGAGCGAGAAGGAAGCAGGCCGUGUGCCGGUUAAGUGUAGCCGAGCGUCGAAAAUGCAUCGUUGAAAAGGGUCUCGAGAAGAAGGUGGAAACGUUGCGCCGAGCUCGCUGUUAACGCGCACCAAGAGUGACGUCGGGUUGGAACAGUUGAGACAUUCGUAAAUGAGGGACCAGAGAAGGUAGGCGUGACAAGGGUCCGCUUAAGCCAGAAUAUUAGUCGUGUCAUCUAAUGAUCGUCGUGUUUCGCUUCGUCCAUUUAGUUUUGUAAUAUCUAGAGAAAUUUCUACUCGUGUCGACCCCGGUGAGAAUCCCCGUACAUUUCAAAGUUCCGCUUUGGACCCUCCUCUUUCAGCGUUGACAUUUCCUGUAUUUCCAAUUAAAAUCUGGAUAGAGGAACGUAGAUUCACGAAGAAAGGACAACGUGACACGAAAGUCCUGACGGUUGACGCGGUAAAGAGAUGGUAGUAGCCCGGAUUCGUUAUCGGUGUUGACGCAGGCAAGUAUACCAGUGGAUGUUACGUUGUAGAAGGAUUCAAAAGAACGUAGUCGAAGGGACAGGAAGUGAAUCGGAAGCAAGAAAGCUUUUGCGGCUGUGGAAAUAUUAAUGUUAGAAAUUAAGUCAUCCUGAGUAUUCGCUGAAAGCGUCGUGAAAUUCCCACGCGAUUCCGUUAAUAUCUAACUUGAAGCAGUAAAGAAAAGCCUUGUAGUAGGAAAGUAGCGGAAUAGAAGCGCGAAUGUUGCUUGUCGACGGCUCUUUCUCCUUCUCUUUCUCUGCCCGUCUGUACUGUCGGUGUCUAUGUACUGUUGAGUAAAAAGAAAGGCAGAGAUUUCUUCACAGAAGUAGCCCGUUGGCUGUGGAACAGUAGUAACGGAACGCUGAAAGCCACUCGAGAAAGAGAAACCCGGGAAACGCGCUCGGUUCUAUGGCCUAGAGCAUCCUGUAUUUCUGAUAACGUACAGAAUUCAGUAAUGUUCCAUGCAGGAAGGUUAGUGAAUGAAGGCUGAAUGGAAAACCGGUAAGCAAGAAAGUCCUUUCGCCUAGAGGCGAACUAUUAACUUUGCUUCCAAAGGGUGUCGUCCAACGGGUCACCACAACGUCUUGCGAACUUCAAUAAUAUACACCACAGCGCAAUUCAAAUCCGACGGCCAUUGCGAUACUUGUAUCUUCCUGCUUGUCCUUCGGACGCAUGAGAAGGGAUCUGGUGUGCCUCGAACGUUUCGAGAGACCGCAACCUAUAACUGUGGAACAAUAGUCGAACACGACGACCGAGCAACUUGCCAGAACCUUCCGUGGCAUUUUCUUGGCUUGUACGCUUCGUGUGAUCGCGAUAAAACAAGCUCGAGAAACCGACUUCUGCAACGCUUCGAUCGAAAGAACCUUUUCUCGAGAACGUUUGCUCGUGUGGUUGUCACGGAAGAACGACUCGUCUGUAAUUUCUAGAAAUUAGCAACGGUUAACGACGGUUACCGUCGGUAUACUUUAGAACGAGAUACGCCUCAUGGAGAAGUUGGUAAUCCGUGAACUGACGCAAGACAGAGGGGAUUGAUCUAGCUAAGCUACUCACGGAGAUGUUCUAGCCCUGUCGCAGGACCGAGGUCAGUUCUGCUUCCUAGGUUUCCAGGGCAACAGAAACUUUUCUCUUUCUACGGUCGUGCUAAUCAAUCCUUGGAAACGGCGACCAGAGAACAGGCAACAAUUGCAACACAGUGGAACGCGAUAAAAGGUUCCCUCUGUCUACUCGAAAUAUCGAAAACAGCAAAUCGACGCGGAAGAAUCGAGUUUCUUCAACGACGUUUCCCGACCUGGUAGAGUAGUUGCGAUGUAACCUCCGAGAAUUCCUUCUGAGUGUAAGGAGCGUUUUCAAUCUCAGAUAAAACCCGUGGCUCGAGAACGGGUACCAAUCGAGGGGUUAACGUUGGAUCAGAGAAAGACACGGUGAAUGAGGGCGGGCGACGAGGCGCUGGCAAUUGGCGGCAAGCUGGGUGAAAAAAGGCGAGGCAGAAAAAUAUGGUGCACGAGGCCACGGGUCUAUGGCACGGUGCGGGAUUCAACGUAUCGAGGUGGCUGAUGAUCAUAAUACACGGAUACCGGGCCACCACCCUUUUGCUAUCCAUUCUGCUUAACGUGCUGGUGCGAACUGCUGAGUACCCGACAGCGGUCACGGCGGAAGUCGUCCCGGUGAACGGGAAUUCGUUAGAAGCCAGCAUGAAACCACUGGACAUCGACCUACCGCCUACGCUUCCGAUGAGCUUCGGUACCGAAAAUUCCACGGUGAUCUCCGCCCAAUCUGGAUCUACCGCUCUCCUACCCUGCGUCGUCCAUAAUCUGGGGGAUGGAAUGGUGUCGUGGAUCAAGCGGAAGAACGUUCAGGAGUUACUGACCGUAGGACUGACAACGUACGCCAACGACGAGCGGUUCCAGGCAAUUCAUUUCCACCACAGCGAGGAUUGGACUCUUCAAAUAAAAUACGUUCAACCGAGGGAUGCUGGAUUGUACCAGUGCCAAGUAUCCACCCACCCACCCACUAGUAUAUUUCUGUUCCUCGAGGUUGUCGAGGCCAGAGCAGAGAUAGCUGGUCCCUCGGAGAAGUUCGUGAGGCCAGGUAGCACCCUGCAGCUCCACUGCCUCGUAAAAAAGUCAACAGAAACGCCUUCCUACCUAUUCUGGUAUCAUAACUUCCGGAUGAUCAACUACGACAUCGAUCAAGGGGUCAAUGUCAGCACGGACUUGGUAGGGCGCGAAAGUUGGCUGGAGGUGCCUCGUGCGUCUGAUCGUCAUUCCGGAAAUUACACCUGCGAGGCAAGUAACGCGCAACCAGCGCGGGUCCUGGUGCACGUGUUCAAAGGAGAUAAUCCAGCUGCGAUGCAGCACAGCAUCGCUUCGUCGCCAUCUGUCAUGGCUUGCAGUGCGCUAUUGAUGAUGUUCACCACGCUGAAACUGGUGCUGCAUUCCACCGUCACGAACUGAUCUUUGUGCCCCACCACGUGUGCCAUUCGAAAUAUAGAAAAAUGAACGUUGUGAUAUUUUCGAAAGAGAAGGAGAUAAAGCUGUGUAAUUCGACGAGAGAAACAAGGAUAAAUGUCCAGGUUGCGCGCGUGAAUUUUAUGACGUUGCAGGUGCAGUUUGUUCCGGUAAAAUUGUAUCCACGACAGACUCCGGUUGGAUCUGAAAUCACCAGCCUUUGAUCUUCGGAAGGUGAGCGACGUUAUCGUGAUACGCGUUACGUAAUAGUUAAGGAAUUGAAUCGAAUAGUUGAUAGUGAAAGACGUGUACGUGUGCGUGCGUGUGUUAUCCGUGUAUACGGGGAAGUGAGACAAAAGUAUGUAACGAGCUACGAGAAUGAUGUCUCUGUAAAAUAACGGAACUGGUCUAGGGUGUAUCGUUAAAACCAUGGAUGCUCGAAUAGCUACUUCGAACGACGCUCACGUAUUCGUUGUAUCGCGAGAAUACCGAAGCAUCCUCCCUCAGACGUAAGAUUCCUUCCUCUCGACCGUUCUAAGACGAACGCAAAUUUCGACGUUUCUUCAACGUAUACACCCGUGUUUGCUCAAAAGUUAAUAUUUCGCCCGUGACUAAACUUCCCACCUCUGUUAGCCGUUGUGAUAUGUGUAAAUGUGUAAGCUGUGUGUAACUAUCACGAUCGUAAAAGUGUAAUUGUGUAAUCUGUCCUGCGACGAGUGGUACAAUUAAUGGCGAUAAUCCUGUCGCGAUCUGGCGCAUUUUGCCGGGUCAAACUUUCCAACGAUGUUCCGCGGACAACUUUAUUCGGUCACCGGCGUUAACUAUUUCUCUCGUUCUCCGCUCGUGAAAUUUGUUAGGUUAAUAGCAACGAUGAGAGAUCGUCGCAAUUUCAAUGAAUGUUUCAGCAACUUGACAGAAAACAAACAAGAAAACAAAACAAAAGACGAAAGAAACGAAAGACAGAGAGCCGAAUCGCGUCACUUACGUCUUACGUUAUACGUAAAAGUUGAAUCGACGAGAAUUCCAUCGUUAUCUAACGAUUAAUAUCACAUUAGAAAAAGGACAAAGAUUGCCGAGAUUAAUGGAAUAUUGCAUAUUCGGCCUACACGUUCAGGUACGCGUAAUUAAUCGUGAUAAUCCCGACGUAAUACAGCACAGCCUAACGACAUUAUCUUCUAUUGCCUUGCUCUGCACAGACGACCUUGCUCAUAAUGUCUAAAUUAGUUCUAUCUGACGUCCACGAAAUGGCCGUGCUCAGGUGUUAUACAUACUAUAGAGGGAAUCGGCGCUUAGCGGACUAUGGAAAAUUGUUGCAAACUAUCGAAUUUGUUGGCGAGCGUGUUUCACGUUUUUAGAAAAUUCGAAGCUCGUAAUCGACGAGUGAAGUUAUCGUGUUUAGCGUAUCGCGUUAGAACGAGUUUAUCCUCCCCUGUUAAAAAUCAAAUUUGAUUGUGCCAAUCGCGUAUCGAUCUUUCGUUCUCGAUGAUUGUUCGCAUCAAAUUUUAUUGUACAUAUAUUUUCUAUGUCGGUUGUUCGUCGAUCUAUAAAUUAUAUAGUAUAAAUCCUUUAUAGAAGACGGUUUUCGUUAAUCCCUCGCGAAGAACGCAAGGUGAUCUUCUUGGACCACGAUGUUUCGCAGCGUUAGUAUUGCCGCAUGUUUCCAAGCUAAUCCACUAUUUCCUAGGUAGACAGCUGUUUCACGUAUCCGUACACAUUGUCAACGAGGAUAAUCCAGUUUCUGCAAAUAAUAAACCCAAUGGUAUUAUCAAGCCGGUGUGCACGGAUUUCGAUGCGAGUAAACGAAAUGCUCGUGUGGACUGCAUCGAGGAUACACACCGAGGAAUCCCCCUUCUCCCCUGUCAUGUGAAACGGAUCGAUCGUGAUUACUCCGAUUGAUUAUAAACGAUAAUAUUUCUUUGAGCGUACACUAUUCGACAAGAUCGUUUCAUUUAUUGUAAGUUAAAGCGAUGGAUUAAUUAAUGUGAUGUUCGAUGAUAUAGUCGCUGUCUGUUGUAUGUACAUACGUAUACAUAACAUAUAUAUACACACACACACACACACACAUAUAUAUAUAUAUAUGUUACGAACGUCGCACAAUGUUAAUCUCAUUUACGGUUGAAUAAAGUUUUCAUAUAAAUUCCACUUCGGAAAUCACGGAUAAGAAAUCUUGGAUUAUUCAUAACUUUCGUAAUAAUAACAGAUCGCUCUUUCAUCCUUCGUUUAAAAGCUUUUUCCCCUUUUAUUAGCACUGCUAUUUUAACACCGUCUCGACAUCUUCCUGGUUUUAUAUAAAUCGAUAUUCGCAUAGCUCUGCCAAGUAAGAGACAGAUGUAAGUAAUGAAUUAUACCUCGGUACUGUUUCGUCACACAAUAGACAGUAUUUUCGUUCCUGUGUAAUAUAACCGGGCCUCUUUAUUGAAGUAAAAUACUAGCGGAAUGCGAUGGGUUCAUGGUGCAUAAGCAUUUUCAUUCAUAUCGCUUUCUCCAUGUUUCUCCAGCUCUCUGGAGAUAGAGAAUAAUUUCGUCGUGACACAAUUCGAGCCUCAGUCCCCGAUAAUAGCUGCAUGCUAAUGGCAUUGUUUGCCACAUUAAAAUUACCGCUUCGUCCAAUCGGCACUAAUUGAUUAUUACGCCGCAUCGAAACUAUUCAAGAAUUAUGAUCCCAUUAAUUGACGUAGAGUGGAUGUUCAAACGAUCCGUUACCGCAGAGGAAAAACCUGUGGUCGUCGAAGGGAUGUAUUGUUCCCGUUAUCCUAUCGUCCCUUUAGCCAAGAUUCUAUCGACGAAAUUAAACUGAACGAGAACCAAACGAUUUGUUACGGACUAUUGGUUUGCACGGCAGUUAGAAACGAUCGAAACUAAAUUUCAGAAUCGCGAAUCGAGUAUAUCUCUAUUGAAGACGAUUUUAAUCGGCACUCGAUUAUGUUUACCAUGCACACCAUCAAACGCACUUGAUUAAGAGAUUCGAUACCAAACUGGAAUGCCAUGUGAAUUACCCAGCGCAACAGUGAUUUCAUCUUCCUGCUCGACUUGCCUAGAAUAUUACACCGCUGGGGAAUAGAGAGGCUUCCGGCCGAUGCAUUCAAAGAUCGAAUUCCUAAAUUAAAACAUUUACAUCAUCCGGUAUGCAUUUCGAUGAAAUCUAUUCGAUCCAUUUGGUAACGCAAUGAAUCCCGUGUAAUCAGAGGUAUCACGGAUUCCGAAUGCAAUUAUGAAAGCAUCGUGGAAGUCGCUUAAAGAAUUUUUCUUUAAUCGUUUUAUCAUUUUACUUCUCCCUUCAAGGAACAAUUUCCCGUUGACCCGAUUUAAGGUGGCGCGAAUCAAAGUUGCCUUCAGCCUGCAAUCAGCAGCCAGCAUUCGGGCGUGCUAAAUUUGAAUCGUUAAUAUCGUGUACCAACAGCCAGCAGAUCUGGACGUCAUUAUUCCAGAAAGAUGAUUCUGAUCUAUUCCAGCAGUCUCGUCAACGAGGCAAGGCCGAGUCCACUGUUUCCGAAUCUCUGAUCUUUGAUUGGUAUUAUUUCGUCCAAGACGCUAUGAUUUCGUUGACGUACACUUUAGUAUAUUCUCUAAAUUACAAGCUGCCAUCGAACAUGGUAUCCUUUCCCAUGGCAACUUGUCGGUUCAAAAUGUUAGUUUAGCCAUCACAGAUUAGGUUAGUGUGUAACGAGUUGCAAGCUGAGCACUAUAUAACAUUCGGAAGUUUCAGCUUUGGAACAGGACUCGUGACUCGAAGCCGAAUCACGUUACUACGACGGGCAGAUAUCGAUGUUCACGAGCACAAAGGAUGUACACUCCUAAUUCCGGUUGGAGACAUGUACGAUCGGUUGUAGUCACGUUAGAUCUCCGAAGACACUUUCCACCGAUGCGAAUCAAUUAUGCGUCUGUGUCACUCUCGUAUUUCUCUUGUUCGACUCCACAUACAGCAUACGUCGGUAAUUCGAAGCGCUGACCAUGUCACUGGUCAUUUUACAACCUCAUCGAUAUGCAAGCAAUCCUUUAGCCGGGGAUGAAGCCCACGACUAGGUGAAAUGAUUCCGUAACGACAAUCAAUCAGAAAGCCGACCCACUGACCGGAAACCACCUUUCACGUAUUCUCGUAAUUUUUGUCGAAAACCUAUCCAACUUUUUAGAGAAAUUAAAUACAAAUUCCAUUAAAGUCUUGUAUAUUCUUUAGUUUCGUGGUUGAUUAUCGUAUAUCGUAUGUUUCAAUUGGUAAUACGAAACGAUGUCUCAUUUGCAUGCUGAUUUUCUCGCUCUUCCCUGAAUUUUGUACAGAGAGGCAACGAGACAAGAGCGAAAACGAGGAUGAAGAUUGAUGCGCGAAGCUAACGAAUUAGAAGUUCACAGCAUCAAGACCUAGAAAGUGUAAGGAGACAUUCCAUCGUAAUCACACUUGGUAACUACUUCAAGUUUUAAUGUACUUAUUUUUAGAUGGCAAUUCUGAUAAAAGCUAUUCAAACUUUAUCUUCGGUUGAAUCGACAUUCGUUUCACAUCCGUUUAUUCGUCUCUCUAAAUAUACUCGUCCUGUUCUUUCGGUUCGAUAGGAAAUGAGAAACAGUUCGCGGCGAAACCGACGAAGGAACGUUUUGUCUACACUCGAAGCUCGCAAUUAGCUGAAUAUAAUUUAUUUUCGUUGCGUUGUCAACUUUCCAAGAAAUUAACAAAUUAAUUGGCAGCCUUUGAAGCAUUAGAUAAACUACAUGCUUCUUAUGGCGCUCGAUUAAAGCAGUUUAGCAAUAACGAUAUUUUGAUUAUGUAGCUAUUACCUAGCAAUGCUGUAGCAGCUCUUCGCCGACGCCACGAGGAUCGAUAAGAAUGCUUAUCGCAACCGACGCUCGAUUCAAUCGGUUAUUACAAAAGAACUAAAAGAACAGUAGAGGAAUUAAAGGUUAAAAACGCGAUUGAAAUUGGUUCCUCUGUGCCCCAGUCAUGCUUCCCUUUCAUAGAUAAAAACAGAAAGAACAGUAACCUAAGCGUCGAUAAUCGAAGAAGAUUAUCAGAAAGGGUAGAACAAACCUAGUAAAUUAUGUAUACAAUAUCGUGAAGUGUUUUACAAGAAUUAAAAUUUUCAAUUAUUCUUUAAUCCUAUCCAUCUUAUGUGUAAGAACAACCACAGAUUAAUAACAACAAUCUUUUUCCACUCGAGAAAUAAAUAAAAAAAAUUGCUCGCCUUAUCGUGAUGGUUUAGCAUAAAAAAUAUUCGAUCCGGAAGAUUCUCAUAGGUCUAAGUGCGCGAAGUUUUAAUCAGGCUCGUUAGAAAUCGGGCCAGUUGAGCUCGGUAUAUUAUCCGGCGCGACACGUGGAACGUGUUUCUCGUCCAUCUUAGGUGAAUUUCCGGAAGAAAUUUCGAGCCCCUAAUGCGGCCACUAAGCCCAGCCCGCUCGUCAACGAGGAUAAUUCUACGAGGUACCUGGCUGGUGUCGGCAAAUGACUCUGGUCGCUAGCUCGAUGACCUUAUCGACCGGGCUGGGAUUGACCCACGCCUCGUCAGCCUUUUACUGACGAACCGUGAUAAGCCCUGAUUGUUAUAUACGGCGAACGAGGUGGUUCAUGCCACCACGAGCUAGAACAAAUUCGUUUUGGAUGCCCCUUGGGCCGCGUCAUCCACUUAAGGUGGCCGUCCGACAUCGAUCGACGUUUCACAAAAAUUUGCGCACCUGAUCUGGCUUAAGAAAAUGGAUAAAGACAUACGAUGGUUAGUAUAUUAGACAUACUUGUGUAUAUAUAUACGUUAUAUCUACAUAUCUGUAUGUGUGUAUGUAUAAUGAACGUGGAUGGCAUGAAAAUAGCUCGAUGUUCGUCUCAACCGAACCGUGCAUUUUUCAAAAUCAGCGGCCUUUCAUUAUUACCGAUAUAUGCAAAAAAGGAGAUGAAGUAGCGGAGGAACAGAAUGAUAGAGGGGGAAAAAAGGGUAAAAAAAGCAAUCAAAAAAUGUGACUGCGACUACUAUAUCAGGAGCGUGUAUGAAAAAUGUAAAUUUACACUGGCGUGUUAUAACGGCCGAUUCGUUGGACGACGGAAGGGAAAAUUUUAGUGCAAACGUAUCUAAUUGCACACAACCGUGCGCGAACGUGGCUAACGUAAUUGCGGUAAAACAUGCAUUUAAAAGCCUUUAAAUAUUGAACGUUCUCCUGAUGAAUAUUUGAAGGUACGAAGGGCCUGAUACACACAGCCGAUCGUAUGUGAAGUUUGUCGUCCGCCAUUCUACAGGAAAGAUAAAAACUCGUGCACGUUUGGAUGAUUUAUUCUGUGAAAUACACGAAGAUUGCAUGCUCGCUUUUCCACGUGAUAACAGCGUCACGUGGAGUUGGCUACGAUUGACGAACAUUACUCGUGGUUCCUUCAACGUCGAACGCCAGAAUAUCUUUACCUGGCUGAAGCAGAUAUGUUUCCGGAGCUAGAUUAGAUUUCCUCGUCGGAUUCAGGUGUAAAAUGGUUUUUGACGCGUCUACCUUAUGACAAGUUCGCGGUGCUAUGCAUACAAUGUCAAUCUCGUCUCCGUUGAAAGAUUAUACGCUGCCUAGCACGGAUAUAACGACUUUGACGAAACAACGAGAUGAUCCACUGCAAGAUAGGUGUACACGUAUACAUAUACAUAUAUAUCCUAUCCUCUCGAGACCUCGAGUACGUAAAAUGCAUUUUAAAGAAAUAUUUAUGCGGUUGGCCACGUACGUUGUUUGACGUCGCUGUACGAGCUUGAUCUUCAAGAAGAAAAACGUCCUAUUUGAAACACGAUGUAUCGUUAAAGCUACGGAACAGAUACAAAAAAAAAGUGCUCGAUAAUAUUACAUUUCGCUCGUUUAUAUUAUUCAUUCGUUUAUCGAAUAGCAUAGUUACGAUUUCCACAGAAAUCCAGAGAUUACGAGUUAAUACGACACGAAUUCUUUGUGCGAAACAAAAAGAUACCAUCGAACUUGAGAAACGAACGGUCGAUAUCUUCCGUUACAUACUUGCAAGUACCUGGAGCGACCUUUUUCAAUCGCCAACCGAUGCAUCUAUCUGCCGCGAAACGUACAUUCUUUAUGAAACGCUGGCAAACCGAGCGGCGGCAGAAAUAAAAAUGGAACAACCGGGAUCGAUAUCGAGCUUGUUAAUGCUUAUAUCUGGUCUUAUACAAAAAUAAUUCCCGCUGAAACAAAGGCAAUACGCGUGGGGCGUGGACGGCGAUUGGUGGGUUGAAGCGGGGCUGGAUAAAUUGGAUUUUCAACGUUGCAAAAAUGUAAAGAGGGACGAGAAAAAUUCGAUUUGAAGCGCGACUAGGUGGUCGCCGUUGCAUCGACGUCGCGGUAUCGGCAAUCAUUAUCGCCACUUUACUCGGUCGUACGAUGUCGGAUCGCGAGAAAAAAUUUAAGAGGAAAGUUUGCUUUUACCGUAGACUUUAUCGGGUAGCAUCUACUUUAUCCCGGUUUCAACCGAACCGGAUACGAAAAUGCGAACUAAUCUCACUGGAAGCAGAUACCUUUAAAUAAAUGUCUUCCUGUAAAUGUAUCUGAAAAAUUAUACGCGGCUGUGAUCCCAUCAACGUUCGCUUCGAGCGAUGAAUGCUUUCUGGAAUGGAAGCUUUUUUAAUAAAGACUUAGCCCCGGUGUCGAACGAUGGAAAUUCCUUUUUCCAUCCACUCCACAACGUUCGUGAAGCUACACAAAAGGUGCACACGAGCUGACGUUGGAUCGGAUCGUGAACGGUAUCUUGAACCGCAGACGAUCGUAGAAACGCAGCUCGUUCUGAUAACACAGUGGCGUACAACCACGAAGAGGCCGACUCUUUCAUGAAAGAGGGGAAACAAACCGUGGUUUGCAAGGUAAUUCGUUCCCGAUCCGAUCGAUUACGAGAUUCGUCGAGUUCAGGUGUAUAUCGGGUAACCAAGAUCUCCCACGUUGUAACCUCGCGUAACGAUCUAUCCGUUCAAACGUUGACAAGAGAAAAAGAGAGAGAAUCGUUCCGCAAUUUCUGCUUACUUCUGCACCGAAUGCAGUCACCUCGUUUGUGGGGUUACGCUAUCAUCUCGUUGCCAUCGAAGUCUGUGUGUUUCGAAACGAAGUCUGUCUGUCAUCGAUUUUAUCCUUUAUCGUAAAUUACAUCGUCAAAAGGAUACCCGAAUCACGAGCUGGAGAUUUCAAAGUGGAAGUUCAUUCCGCGAGCACGUUAGGGGGAGGAGAAUGGAAAAUGGGAUAAGUUGGAUCAAUGCGAAAGGAAUAUCUGACGAAUAUCGCGCGCCACGUGAAAACUACUGUGAAAAGGUAAGUUGCUUAAGAAGAAAGAUGCUCAGAUGCUUCCCGUAGUUCGACCUACGAGUUCUCGAUUCCUUUGCUUGAUUACAUAAGGCUGAACUUAAGGCAGAGCCAACGAAAUUCCAAGUAUAAGGGAGUAAAGGGAGUGUCGACGCUUUAAGACCGCGGGAAGAAGAAUUUUUCGUCGCCUCCGUAUAUAUACCUGUACGUGGAAACUUUCGGAAGACCGAAUUUAAAGUUGGAGAACUACGUCGAUCGUUGAGUCUGUGUUCGAUCUUUAAACGAUACGGCCGGCGCGGUGUUAAAGUUGCUUUUCUUCUUACGUAAAUGAACAUCGCCGCGAGAAGUUUAUCGAAUUCGUGUUUUUCUCCUUUAUUUUUCUUCUCGGUUUUUUUCCUUCCAUUUUCUUCAUUGGCUCGUGUGACCAUCGAGGAUAAACUCACGACUCGGUAAAGAUCAUCGAAAGAGAAAGAGUCACGAUCGUUUGUAUAACUACGCGUUCUUCUUCUUACGGUUUUCCCCGAUCGGAUCUUUUUUCCUCGUGUAUCGCUAUCGUUGCGUUUUCGUUGUGUCGUUAUCAGAGCGUUCCGGGAAUCCCAACCUACGCUCUCCGAGAUAUUACUUGUUGAUAUUGUGGAUAUAACGAUUCCACGAAGAGGAAAUCGCUGGUUUGACGUAGAGACCAACUCGCUACAAUACGUAACUGUUCCUCCUCUCUUUUUUCCCUCUGCUUUCAUCGAACCGUCGUAAAUGAUUUACAAUUGUAUUUCGAGAAGGAUUCGUUGAACGAAAGCUACCAAUAAUUUAUUCGUUGAAAUAUGGAUGAUUUUAUCGUAAUUUGCGAACCGUUUAGCCGGACAAAUUUGAACGAACGUGACUGACAAAUUGGUGGCGUGGUCGGGAGUCCGGUGAGAAGAAGGGCCAGCGCGCGUAUGGAUUCCUAUGAAUUUGAACGAACAAAACGAAUAUCCGGUAUAACAAAGUCACGCUGGACACCCUCUACACGUACCAUUCUACAAAAGAAUUACACCCUGGCUCGAAUGAUUUAUAUAUCCUAUUUCCUGUAGUUAAAUCAAUUUCUCUGCCGUUAGAGCGGAAAGAGAGCCGAAAUAUUCGUCCUGCGCAAACAGAGAACGAAAUCACGAAUGAAAAUAACCAACGGUUCCUCCAUAUACUAGUAAAACGAAACAGCAGAUAAAUGCGUUCCCAAGUCCGUCCGAACGGCUCGUGUUUAAUGAGUUUAAAAUCUGGCGUUGACCCAAAAUCAUCCUCUUCUUCCUCCAUGGCCGCGUUUCAUAUUAAUGGCACGCACGUUUCACGAGAUACGUUUCACGCGAUAACGCGUUUCUGUCAGUAUUAUACAAACAAUCGCUACAAAAUUUACCUUACACAAUGGGCAAUUAAAAAUUAUACUUAUCUCACGGAAAUCAUACUUUACAAGUAUCAUCGCUUUACUGUUCAACGUGUUCCAUGUCGUGUUAACCAUUCUGAUUUAUUCAAACACAAAAUCCAUGUACGAAGCAACGUUCUACCAAUAAAACGAUACAGAGCGAGACGAAACUCCUCGACAUCUCGUCCAUCUAUCAACUUCAUCGGCUAAAAAUUUCACGAAGGGGUUCAAAGCGAGUCGAUAUUCCCUUUCUAGUUGGCGGUAUGCAUCGACCUUUUCCUUCGAUUGGCGUAACUUCCAUUAGCAGCGACGUAGGCAGACCAAAAUGAAACACGACCGUUUCACUUGACGGGCGACGCUAUCAUGUCGGUGGACAUCCGACAACUUGCGUUCCCGCGGACAUAAUUCAAUGGCGCGCACAAUCGCAGCCAGCGGCACUACCCGCGUAAUCUUGCGUGUACGCGUCGCGCGAUAUCAGCUUGAAAUAGAGUCGUCGUCGUUGCCGAACAUCGAGGUUCCCUUUUUCAACCAACGAUUUCACAAUGGACUGUGUAUACGGUCGUGCCGUUUUCACCGAACGAAUGGGCGCACGCUUUCGUUCGCAGCUUUUGAUUUACAUUAAUUGAUUCGCAGGCUCGAUACCUGUGGCCUCGUGGAUGAAUGAUAACCACGACGAGAUUCGAUCCGAGCAUGCAUAUGUAUAAUUCCAGUCUGAAUCCAGUAGAAGCACGAUCGAGAGGAGAAUAUCGGUCAGAGGGAAAAGGGACGAUUUACGAGGAAAAAAUGAAACUACCAGCGGUCGCGGGUAAUAUCGCAUCGCUUUUCGCAUAGAAUAAAAGCGCGUUUAUUAACCCUGGUCAUGACAUAUGCUAAUUAAGAGGAUAAUGAAUAUAUUGUCGAGCGCGAAAGUUAAAAGACCGCCGAUUCGAUAUUAUCCGCUCGUUGUUCCCGGUAUGCUUAAUUAACAAUGUCAUUGUACUCGUUUGCAAAACGGUGUUACCCGGAAUGUAAUUGCCAGUUUGCUUCUUUCUUCCUUCCAUCCCUCUGUAUUCCUGCCUCUGUCCGCCACUCUAUUCGUGGCAUAGUUCCUUCUUGUUUUAAUUAAAUCCCUCCCGUUCAGCUACUCUUCGGGAAUUUAAAUAUUUCAUCGAGGAUUACACGAUCCUGCCGCCGGUGAAACGAAUAUCCUAAAAUACAGUCCUCGGGUUAUCUAUAUCCAAAACCGCACUUAUUGGAGGGAACGUCUAGCCAAAACCGAUGAGAAAUUUGCUAUCGUUAAUUCCCAUUUUGCUCGUACUAGGAUUAACAGUGUCCGUUGCUUGGUCAAUUUUGCGGCCAGCCAUCGAACAAGACAGAACAAGAAAGAAAAAAAAGAAAGAUUGAAAUAGAGGGAGAGGAAGAAAUCGAACUCGAACCCCAUAGAAUUUUCAAAUCGUUAUUAUUGUACGUGAGCAAGGUCUUGCUAUGGUUGGUUCGGUAGAGAAAGGAGACACAACACGCAGUUACAUUCAAUCGAGCGUAACUGGCGUGGAAUUUCGCGGUAGAGAACUCCAUGCAGCGGUGUCGUACGUGCGAGGUAACUUUGUUUCGACCGCCACUUCGUUGUCGGAUACGGAUUAUAAAAGUUCCCGGUCGAUUUUCGUUGACCGCGAACCUACGUGCAUAUACGCGUCAGAUGGUGAUCUACGGGGUAAUCAAACUUUCCGGUAGCAAGUUUGCUCGUCUAAAAAAUGAACGAAAUUAUUCCAUGUUUUGGUUGCUUUUUUUCACUCUUCCCUAUUUUAGACACUUUUAAAGAAAGUUUCAAAGUUUUUGAACACGAUGGAGUAUCUUGCUUUAUGAUUUCUUUUUUUCAUUUUAUAGCUACACGUGGUGGAGUUUGAUAUUCUCUUUUGCGAUAUUACGACAGAGGAAACUAUGAAAACGCUAUACGAAGAUUAAAGUGGAAUUUUAUUACUAGACCGAUUCGCAUUUAUUACGUUUUAAUCGACCGAUUCUCUGUUAUAGAGUUAUAAUGUGUCGAUAUAAUUAACGAUUAAAGAGAAGUUCGGAAAGCGAUUAGUCUAGCUUACGCAAUAAACGUGGAAGCAAAGCAACGGUGUACCAUUAAUCUCGGUCAAUCUUCGGCGGAACGUCGUUUUGGUACUAUAUCUCUUAAACGUAAUCUCGCGCUCUUCCUCGAUACUGUGCGCUAAGAGGGAUUAGGAAAGUCGCAGUUUGAAGCAUCGACACGCAAUUAAAGAUCACUCUGUAUUCGACCCUAACCGUAUCCGCCCUGUGCAACGUUAUCAGCACCUACGUUACAAUUUUCCAUUCCAAUGCCGAGCUGCGAUCGUCGAAUCGACGAUGUGCAGGCUGCGUGCAACUAAACAAUGCAUCCUGCUGCCAACCCUGGAUGGCCGUAAAUGCAUCAGCAUAAAUCGACCAUUCGAUGGAUCCAUCGAGUGGCCCCCAAAAAAAAAAAGGAAGCACUAAAUUGGAGGCAGGAACAAAGGCACGGGUGAAUAUCAUCUAUUUUUUCUUUUUGUUCUGGUUUUUUCUUUUUAGGAAGUGGAUGGUAGCAGGAGAGAAACUGUGAAUUAAGGCAAGGCAAGAGGAGAAUCCGUGCGUGCAGUAAUAAUGAAGAAACGUGUGUGGCAAUGGCAACUGCGCUCCCACAGACGACCAUUCAAAUUUGCACGUAAAAAGCGCGUCGAAUUGCCUUCGUUUUUUCUUUUUUUCCACCGUUUUUGCUUUAACUCCAUUUUCCAGUGGAAACGAUUCCGGUCCGCGAGAUCGUCAUGAGACACCGCAGCGUCCCUCUUUUUCGUCGUUAAUUCGUGAUUAAUUCGCCAAAGCUCGGCGUUUCGGUGGUCAAGCGUUUAAAAUAGGUUUCGCUGAACUUUUUCCACAGUUCCUCCAUGGACUCGUUAUCCCUUUUCAUUUCCCUUCCUUCUCUCUAUUCGUUGCCCACCCCCUUCGUUUUUUAAUUUUUUAGGCUUCGGUUCAUGUAAUCCUAAGCACGGGUCGAUACGGAUGAAAGAUCACGAAGAAAGACACGUUGAAAAUGAGCGACCAGCUGGUCUUAAUAUGAAAAAUUCAAACGUCUGCACGAAUUUAACGCACGCCCUGUGAAUAUUUAAUGCGUUAUAAGUUGACGGCGAGAUGUGAAUUAUUCAUACAAUAGAUGAACUCCAGUUAACGGAGUUUAAGCUACAUGCGUACACGUAUAUACAUACCUUACAGUUGCUUGAAUAUUGUUAAUAUUUAUAGUAAACUUACACGGGCUAAAGUAUCUGGACCGUGGCGCUGUUUUCACACAGGAUUUUAAAAGCUUUAUUUCAUUUUCCGCCGGUACAAACGUACGAUAUGUAAUUCUAAUUAAAUUUUUACAUAUUUUAAAAUACAUCGCGUGACUACAGCUGCGUUGCAUUCGUCUCGUUGUGUUCUCGAAAAAAUACAGUCUUGCGUUGUUUUUUAAAUCGCCAUUUUACCAAACAAAAAACAUCGUUCGAAAAAUCUGCGUCGUUUAUUUAGCGUGUAACGAAUUAAUAAAGAGGCGAGGUCGAAUAAUUUCACGGUUUAACGAACUAAUUCGAAUCAAUCGACGGGC